UCCCUUUAUUCAUGCGCUGAGGCUUCCACCCCCACACGCACCUUACGGCUCGACCGCAGAGAGUGGAAGGGGACCUGGAUGCGUGGGAGCCCCGUUUUACAGUCGACUGCCUAUUUCAUCGCCUAUUCGACACACUUGCACUCGCAGUUCGAGCAUCUCGCCGAGACCCGUGUUCGAGCAUGGCGCACAUAGCGCGAACGCACGCCAGCUGGAUAUCUGCCCUGGUCGUCGUGGCCAUCUGCGCCUCGUGUGUGACCUGGCUGUGCGUAACGAGGUUUCCUCAGAACCCCAGAGGAUCAAUCAUCAGUGCAGAGACUUUUGCGGCACACAUGCUCCGAGUCUAUCGAAAUGAAUCUCUCAAAGCACAGGGGAUUUUUAAAGUGGAUGGCUGUCAGGACGUCCAUCUGGCCUGGGAGGAGGAGUGCUGCGUCAGUCAUUUAUUUCUGGAUCGAAACAAAACGUGGAUAACUGUGAAAGAGACUGGCAUCUACCUGAUCUACGUUCAUGUGACGUACGGUCUCAAAAAAGGAAACGCCAGCGUAGAUCUUCAGCUUUUCGUGGACUUCAAUUACACAGGGAACAACGAAAUGGAAAAGCAAGAGUUGGCCGCCGUCUUUGAUACUCGACAGCUCACGGAGAAUGAACAAGAUGCCAGCCUCAGUGCCUUCCUUCUACUGAACAUGAAAGCAAUGGAAAAGCUGUCUGUACGGGCGUUCCCAAAGAAUCAGAUAAAGUGUGCCGACAUUCGACCAUUCUCCAGCUACAUCAGCAUCAUUAGGUAUGCUGACUAG